AUGGAAGUCGUUCCGAUCUCAGACGCAAUUUCAUCCGUCGCUUACUCGACACAGUCGUUUGGCCUUUCGAAUUUCCUCACCCGCCCCCACGACCUCCUAUCCCUCCCCGACACGAAUCAACCGCCGAGAUCGCCGCCGCCGUUCCGCAUCUUCGCCGCUUCGCAACCCCCAACAAGAACUCUGACCAAGAGAAGGCUGCGCAGGAUCCGCCGCGCCCGUCGGAGGAUCUCAAUAGAUUACGACGGCGGGGAGAACGGGAUGUUUGUUCCCAGCGAUGGAGGUGGUUUCAGCUGUGGCGACGGGUAUUUUGGCGGUGGAGGUGGCGGCGGCGGAAAAGGUUGGAAUUGGGAAGGUUUCUCUGAUAACUGUGUACCCGACCCGGCAUUUGACUUCGUAUACGGGGUUCUGUGUUGGAUUGCAUUGUCAAACUGCCUACAUUUUGCUUUCAAGAAGGUGGUGAGGCUUGUUGAAGAUGGUGUCGUUGAUCAGGGGAAGGUCCCAAUGCAAUUGGCUCCUGCAGUUUGUUGA